UUAUCUAGGGUUCAUCCCAUUUCAUCGCAUCGCGGUGAACGUCCCCCAAUCAUUGCUACCCGCGUCUCCGGAGCAUUGGUCCAACGCACUGUUCCUUCUCGGACGGACUAAAUUUGGUUGCCAACGGAUCACUGCUCAUACCUGCAUCUGCACUGCAGUUGCCAUCGCAUCCCCAUUCCAAUCCGCUCCAAUCGAUGGCUACUUCUGCAUUGAUCUGACAAGAGACUACACACACCCACAUAUUCCAGACUUUCAGAUGUCUUUUGACAUCACAGAAAAGGAUUGCCCCUGCUUUCUCUGGUGUGGAUGCCACGGACGCUUCUGGCGCCCCACUAUAUUUCGACAUUGGACUUAAUACUUGUCGAUCUUUGUUAUACUGCACGUUGCAGAUUUCACUACCUUGCUGCUUCAACCAAGGACGUUUCUUCUUCUCUAGCUACAACCAGACCAUUUCCUUCUUUAUUUCCAAUUUUGUAUCUCGUUAUUAUCUAUCUUACUACUGCAAAGAGAACCGCAAUAUUCUCCCUAUGGCCAAGACAUCGCUUCCUCCAGGAUUCCGGUUUCACCCAACUGAUGUAGAACUCACCGUCUACUAUUUAAAGAGGAAGUUGUUGGGAAAACAUUUACGCUGCAAUGCUAUUACGGAGAUUGAUCUAUACAAGUUCGCCCCUUGGGAUCUUCCAGAGAAAGCUUCCUUGGAGAGUAACGAUCUAGUGUGGUAUUUCUUUUGCCCACGCGAUAGGAAAUAUUCUAGUGGGUUAAGGACUAACAGGUCAACCGGAGUUGGAUAUUGGAAAGCUACUGGGAAGGACAGGCCGGUGUUUUAUAAUUCUAGGACUGUUGGGAUGAAGAGAACUUUGGUGUUUCAUCUUGGCAAGCCACCACGAGGUGAUAGAACUGACUGGGUAAUGUAUGAAUAUAGGCUGGAGGAUGAGGAACUAGCUGCUUCUGGUGUUAAACUGGAUGCCUGUGUUCUAUGCAAAAUUUUUCAGAAAAGCGGUCUAGGACCCAAGAUUGGGGCACAAUAUGGUGCUCCAUUCAAUGAAGAGGACUGGAAUGAUGCCAGCAAUGCGGAGUGUUCACCAUUUGCACCUUCUGUGGCCCCCUGUGCACCUGAAUCAAGUCAUGUUGGGUUGAACUCUGCUGGUCAACACCUGGCUGUGAGUUAUGAUGGCAAGGUUUCUUUGGGCCCCUUGUCAGAAAGUAACAAUGAACAUGCUGUCAAUCGUGUUCAUCCUAGCAGACCUUCUUCCAAUAUUCCUAUCGAGAGCAUACACAUACAGCUGCUAGCUGAGAUGAUCAGAUGUUCCUCAACAAAUCUUCUAUGUACUGCUGCUGAAGAUGGUUCACUGCCUGACUCAACUGCUGGCGAUGAUAAUGAGGAUGGAGAAUUAUUGGAUGAUAUUGAAACAAUAUUCUGUGGAGUGGAUGAGCUUGCGUCUCAGCCUGUGGUGAACAACUCUAACCAUCGUGACUCGUGUGAACACUUGAUUCACCGCAUGCCGGAAGCACGUGGAACUGAACAAUACUUGGAGCUAAAUGACCUAUCCUUUUCUCUUGCUGAGGGUCCUGAUUCCUGUGGCAUGCUGUUGUCCAAUGAAAUAUCUGUUGAGCAACCGUUUGAUCUUGAGCCCAGGUUUGAGCGAGACUCUGUGGACUGCAUCUCCAAUACUGUUAAUACUUCCACAUCGACAGCUGAUGGUUCAUUUCCUUCAGUGUGCGCGGUUGAUGUGCACAGAACCUGAUUCAGAGUAUAUGUUCACCGUCACUUCUUUGAGGUGAGUUGUCUAGCUCACAUUUUAGUGGAGUCUUGGAGGACUCGGCACAGGGCUCCAUUUCCCCUCCUUUCAAUGGAGUCAGCAUUAUGCUGUUGAGAUGAAGGCGGGUCCCCAGCUGACACCAUGAGUCACCUUGCACACGAUCAUCUUUGUUGUGCAGCUACUGGUUGAAUAGCCUCAAUCCAGGAGUAUUCCUCUGUCAUCCCUAGUCCCGCACCGUGGCAGCAUGAAUAAUGUAAUUUUCAUGUUUUAGCUAGAGUGGGGUACCUGCAGCUGUUGUGAUGUAACAUGUGCUGGUUUCGUUUCAAGGAUUUGCUAGUGUCUUGGCAACUUUUGUAGUCAUAUUCUCAGCUCAGCUGCUGGAUGAACUUCAUCCAACGAAUGUAAAUUUCCA